CUCUCCAACAGAUCGCAAUUGGAAAAAACAUACCCAGACCUGGCCAUCAUGAGUGCCACUCUGCCCGAUUCGGGUCUAUCUCGAGCCGCCCGGUAUGCGGUUCCUUUCGCUUUGUUGCUGAUUCCCUUGUGGAAGACCCGAGUCAGCGCAGUCGUUCCGGAGCCAUAUCUCGACGAAGCUUUCCAUGUUCCCCAGGCGCAAGCCUACUGGGCACAUAAAUGGACAUACUGGAACCCGAAGAUUACGACUCCCCCGGGACUGUAUCUCUGGUCGUACCUGAUUUGCGCCGCUAUGCUUGCUCUCCGCGGCUCGCCGACGGAACUCGGUACGGAUGCCCUGCGUACCACGAAUGUCGCAGCAACAGCUGUUCUCUUGCCUUGGAGGCUUCAAUCUGUGUUAGAGCUCUUGCGGAAUGACCGCAAGUCUCGCCCGGCAGGUGCACGGUUGAGCCACACGGUGUUGAACAUUUGUUUAUUCCCGCCACUGUUCUUCUUCUCGGGACUCUACUAUACCGAUAUCCUUGCCCUUGUGGUAGUCGUUGAGGCGUACAAUUGGCAGCUUAAGCGUGCUACUAAGAAAGAAUUUGCUCCUCUUCAGUCUUUUAUAUUCCUUUUCUUCGGGCUGGUUGCCCUUGUCUUUAGACAGACCAACAUCUUUUGGGUCUCCGUGUUUUUCGGUGGAUUGCAGGUGCUCCGAACACUGCGUCUGUCUACUAACAGAUGUAACGUUUCUGGGCUGAAUGAAAUCGCAAAGAAAGGCUUCCAGAAUGAGCUGUAUGAUCCUCUGGUGUCCGAUGCUUCUUUUGCGGACUACUUCAAGACUACCGUAUCUCUCGCCACGACUGCACUGAACAAUCUUCCCCGAGUGCUUGUUUCUGUAGUGCCUCACUUUCUCAUUCUGGCAGCUUUUGGUGGUUUCAUACUAUGGAACAAUGGUGUCGUCUUGGGACACAAGGAAUUCCAUACUGCAGGUCUUCAUUUGCCCCAGAUGCUUUACAUCUGGCCUUACUUCCUGUUCUUUUCGUGGCCUAUUCUCGCCAUCCCCGUUGCCAAUCUAGUCCUCCCAAGGAGCUUUCUUCCAAAGCUCUUGGAUUACAGCUUCCCCAAGAGACAGAGGGGACUCCCAUCCUCAUUGACUAUUUUGGCGGUCGUUCCGGUUAUGCUGGCUGCGGUUCAUUACAACACCAUUGUCCAUCCUUUCACUCUGGCCGAUAACCGUCACUAUGUCUUCUAUGCCUUCCGAAUCCUCCGGUAUCACCCAGCUAUCAAGUACGGAGCCGUGCUAAUUUAUUUCCUUGGUGCUUGGGCAGUUAUUUCUGCAUUCGGCUUCACCACGAUUGCGCCAGCGCCUCGAUUGAUGUCCAUGCCGCCGCAGUCUCAACAACCGCCGGCUCCGGCUUCAGAUCUGGCUCCCACAAAACCAGUUACGAGGAAAGAAAAGAGAGAACAGCAAAAGGAAGCCGACAGGAAAGCCAAAACCAACCGCAAACAAGUAGCCCCGAAACAGGCUGCUCCUCCUGAACAGAAAGAUCCUGUCACGCCAGAAGUCAUGGCAAGGAUCCAGGCGCACAUUGCUACGCGCCAGAAGCAACAGUUGGAACCGACCCGGGUGAGCUUCGUGAUUAUUUGGCUUGCUGCGACGGCUCUUUCGCUGGUCACAGCGCCCCUUGUCGAGCCCCGUUACUUUAUCAUCCCGUGGGUUAUGUGGAGAUUGCAUUUACCUCCGCAGCCGAUUCCGGCUGUUUAUCGUCUAAACCGACCGGAGGAGGAAAAAGAGAUUGUUCGUGCGCACGUGGUGGCUUAUUCUCCUCUGUUCUUGGAAACCCUGUGGUUCUUGGCUGUUAAUGCUGUGACGGGAUAUGUUUUCUUGUACAAGGGUUUCGAGUGGCUACAGGAACCGGGGAUGAUCCAAAGAUUCUUGUGGACAAAACUUUCAUCUUCUGAGCACCAUGAGUCAACAAAUCCCGAUGAAUCACCGGCACGAAACAAUGGCUUGGCAUCACUCCACCGAUCUAUUACGCCACCUCCACAACGACGCCAGAGAUCUACUGGCACUACAGCAGUAUCUGAUGAGAUAAAAACCACUGGAACUUCAAAGCAGGAAGAGAUACCUACUACCAUUCAUCCAUCCCCAAUCCAACUCACCCACGUCCGGGAUCUACCUGCGUCGUCGGGGAACAAUGUCGACACUGUUCGGCUGCGAGAUAUUCUCGGGGAUCCGAUGAUCCGCGAAUGCUGGCAGUUUAAUUUCUUAAUUGAUGUGGAUUUUCUAAUGAUCCAGUUUGAUGAGGAUGUCAGGGACUUGGUCAAGGUGAAGGUUGUACAUGGAUCGUGGAAGAGGGAUGCGCCUAAUCGGAUACGAAUUGAUGAACAAUGUUCGAGAUAUCCUAAUGUGGAACCGAUCGUUGCAUAUAUGCCUGAGCCGUUUGGGACACAUCAUUCCAAGAUGAUGAUUCUGCUUCGACAUGAUGAUCUUGCUCAGGUAAUAAUCCAUACUGCCAACAUGAUCCCCGGAGACUGGGCAAACAUGACUCAAGCUGCCUGGCGCUCUCCUCUUCUACCACUGUUACCAAACACAUCCACCCCUGAAGGGACCGGGGGCUAUGGCAGCGGAGCCAGGUUCAAGAAAGACCUACUCAGUUAUCUAAAUGCAUACGGACGAAAAAAGACAGGACAGUUGGUCAAGCAGUUGGAACGUUUCAAUUUCCAGGCUGUGCGGGCAGCGCUGAUAGCCAGCGUGCCUUCGAAACAGAAAGUUGAGACUAUGAACGCCAAAAAGCAAACGCUGUGGGGAUGGCCGGCUUUGAAAGAUAUUAUACGACAUGUCCCGCUGGCGCCGCAUUCUGGGACGGCACAUAUUGUACUCCAGAUAUCCUCGAUUGCAUCACUAGGCCAAACAGACAAAUGGUUAAACGAUAUCUUCUUUGAUUCUCUCGCGCAAUACUCAUCCCCAACACCGCAUCCGCGGUUCUCUAUUAUCUUCCCUACGCCGGACGAGAUUCGUCGUUCACUCAACGGCUACGGCUCCGGUGGAUCCAUUCACAUGAAGACGCAGAGUGCGCCUCAGAAGAAACAGCUACAGUACAUACGUCCUUAUCUGCGACAAUGGGCAGGGGAUAGUGAAUUUGGUCUCGAGACAUCAUCUGCUGAAGCAGAAUCUAUUCCUCGACAGGAAGCGGGUCGUCGUCGUGCGGCGCCUCAUAUUAAGACCUACAUACGGUUCUCAGAUGCAGGAAUGGAAUCUGUAGACUGGGCGAUAGUGACCUCUGCGAACCUGUCUACCCAAGCGUGGGGUGCAGCUGUUAAUGCGCAGGGAGAAGUUAGAGUCUGCAGCUGGGAGAUUGGUGUGGUUGUAUGGCCCGGAUUGUACGUUGAUGGUUCUCCGGAGACUAAGACAGCCAAGAUGGUUCCGUGCUUCAAGCAAGAUCGUCCCGCUAAAACCAAGUCUAGUCUAGAGGAUGUCCUAGUCGGAUUCCGAAUGCCCUACGAUGUCCCGUUAACACCGUAUGGACCUCGGGAUGAGCCAUGGUGCGCAACGGCAAGUCACCCGGAACCAGACUGGUUAGGGCAGACAUGGGAUGGUUAGACAGCUCCCAGUGAUAACUAUGGUGAUAAACUCGCAUUCAAUUGUAAUGAUAUACUAUCUGUGACUAGCAAUAUCCUCCCCCUCCCCCCCCCCCCCC